AUGACUAUCUCCGAACAACCCUUCCACGGCCACCCCGGCUGGCCGCUCACUCCUCCUGAUUCCUCCGAUCCACCAGCGCCGAAAGAUGUCUCCUCGGUCGUCACAGCAAUCCACGUUAUAUCAACGGAGCGAGCGGCCCUCGCCCACCUCGAGCAUAUAUACCAGACGGACGCGCGCGCACAGGCCGAUCUCGCUCGGGCCGUGGGCCAGAUUGCGCGGAGCGUGAGCGAGGGAGGAAAACUGGUCGUUUGCGGGGUUGGGAAGAGUGGGAAGGUCGGACGCAAAAUCGAGGCGACGAUGAAUAGCCUCGGUGUGUACAGUGCGUUCCUGCAUCCGACUGAGGCUUUGCAUGGUGACUUGGGAUUGGUUCGGCCGAAUGAUACGAUUCUUCUUAUUUCCUUCUCUGGGCGCUCGCCGGAGCUUUUGUCGCUGCUUCCGCAUCUUCCCGUGACUGUCCCGGUCAUCGCUCUUACUUCGCAUACACAUCCUGAGGCGUGUCCGCUUCUUGCCUUGCAUGGCCCGGCAGGGCUAGGGAUGCUUCUGCCAGCGCCUGUACAUGAGGACGAAGAGACCUCGUUCGGCGUGCGCGCGCCUACAUCGUCAACGACCGUUGCCUUGUCGCUCGGUGAUGCGCUGGCUAUUGCUACCGCCCGGAAAUUGCACACUGCGACGGGGAAGAGCCCUGCAGAGGUCUUUCGGGGCUUCCAUCCCGGUGGUGCCAUUGGGGCAGCGGCAGCAGCGACGCCGCUGACCACCCCGUCGAUCGACUUGUCAAUGGGAACGUAUGAUUCCCCGACGUCGUCGGUCUCUCUUCGGUGGGAGGAGAUCGCCAAUAUACCAUCGAUUCCUUUUACGUUACAGCCGCCGCCUGAACAGCGCAUCAUUUCUCUGGACAUACUCGUUCCAUUUGAUCAAAUUCCCACUGCCUCUGCACCUUCAUCGCACACGUCCGGCGAUGUCCGACUUCUCGAUAUCCUCCUCACAGCCAUCCAGCAUCCCAAUGCCAAAUCAUGGGUGUUUCUGUCUCCGACUGAGAUCAUUCCUCCUCGGCACCUUCGUUCUCUCGUCUCUCCUGGAGAAGAUAUGGACAUGAGUGUUUCCGAGGCUAUGGCCAGGAGUCCCGGUACUCCAUUUGUCGUACCUCGAAGCGACUGGCUUUUGGUGCCACAUUCGGCACCACUGUCUGAACUUCGGCGCCUUGCUUCCGAGUCCAGGAGUGGAUCAAACGCGAUAUCCGUGAUUGCUGUCAUGAAGGAUAUGGCAUCACCCGACAGUUGCAUAGGGGUGAUGGAAGCAGAGGAUCUGUUAAAUGCAUGA